AUGAACUCCGCUCCCGUCAUCGUCAUUACAGGCACUCCUGGGACCGGCAAGUCUACUCAUGCUCAGCUGCUGGUCGACGAGUCACCUAUUCCGCUACAACAUAUCAACGUUGGCGAAUGGGUCAAGGAAAAAGGCUUUUAUACCGAGUAUGAUGAGGAAUGGCAAAGCUACACUGUCGAUGAAGACAAGCUUCUCGAUGAACUUGAACCUAUCGUCUCCAAAGGAGGCGUAAUACUCGAUUGGCACACAUGCGAAGCCUACCCAGAAAGAUGGCCAGAUCUCGUCGUGGUACUGCGAUGCGACCAUUCACAACUUUGGGAGCGACUCGAAAAGAGGAGCUACCCGCUGAAGAAGAUCCAGGAAAACAACGAAGCCGAAAUAAUGGAAGUGGUUCUCGAUGAAGCACGGUCUUCGUAUCCGUCUGAGAUCGUAGUGGAACUGAAAAGCGAAUCCAUGGAAGACCUUCAAGCCAAUGUCGCGCGAAUCGUCGAGUGGAUUGCCAACUGGAAAGCUCAGCACUCGAAUUAG